UUACAAAUGCCACUCUAGUCAACAGCUGACCCACUUUGCUGGCUCUGACAGUGGUCACACAGACAGCUCCACAAAUCCAGGAGGAGAAAGCAGAUGUCUCCAAUGUCAGUUUUAGCACAAGGGUAUUCGAUACGCCCACCCAUUUGGACACCCAACUUGUCAAAUCGACAACUUGGUAUGCUUUCAAGCUGUGUCAGUGGCGGAGGCAAAUUGUUGACGAAUGGGAACAAAUAUGUGUUAGUUUCCCACCUCUCCAGACCCCAAACGUUCAGGAUUAGAAGCUUUUCACAGGAAGAUGCAGAAAAUAAUGAGGUUGCAAUGUCUAACGACAAUCUGGAUGGGCAAAAUGUGACUGCUGAUGAGCUGCUUGGAAAUGUUAAAAAUAUUCAAAUUAGUACAGACACAGAGAGUUCAUUUCUCGCUAAAAUAGCAAUUGCACUAGGCAUAGCAGCAACAAUCACUCUAAUAUCUGUAGGCAUCAAGGGUCCCCCCACUAUUGGGUCAUCAAAUGGAUUUCAGUUCCUCCCAGAAAGUGCAACCUCUUCAGUAAUGGCUGCAGCCCCGGUCGGUUUCUCUGUCAAAGCUUUUGGGUAUAGCAUUGUUCUACCAGCAUAUGCACCAGGGUGGAUCUACUUUUGGUUGCUUAUGGCUGCAGGCUGUGGACUUUUCAUUAGUGAAGAGGCUCUAAAUAUUUGGGUUGGCAUAUCUUUGGCUCGAAUGGUGUCUUUGGAUGGAACAUGGCAGUCGUUUGCUGAAUCUUUCUCAAGAAAUGCUCCAUACAUUAUAUCCACAGCUCUUUGGGUGUAUUGGGGAGUAUGCAUUAGUGAUCUGAUACCAUUUUAUCUUGGGAAGCUAUUUAGGAAAUCCAGGGCCUCUGAUGAUAUUUUGUCAAAGUUAGGGAUUGGAAAAGAGAAAGCUUUAAGCAUUACCUCUGAAGUGCAAAGAUAUGGCAACCUCAUUGGGUUUGUUGAACGAUUUUCCCUUGGAGUCAGAAAUCCAACAGCUUUUGUAGCAGGGGCCUUGGGUAUCUCUUCAGAGUGUUUCUUUGCUGGUGUUUGUUUUGGUGGUUUGAUCACCCUUCCCAUCCAGUUGUUGAUAGGAUUCUUCUUGAGGGAGCGCCCUGUCUUUGCCCUUGCUACUGUUGCAACAGCAGUGGGCAUUUGGACAGUCUUCCCUUAUCUUGUGGCUGCAUCAACAGCAUUGUUCCUUUACCUGAGACGCCGUUACUCUCCGUAGUCAGAAUGGGUUCCCAGAAAUAAAGGAUAGAAGCUACUCUAUGUAUAUAACUAUAUAUACAGAAAAAUUACUCUGAUUAUUUUUUGGAGAAAGCUCCAACAUAAAAUUUGCUAUUGGACGCAUUGUAGAUAUAAGUUGUCAUAAUAGA